UCACAGUAGUAUCGAUCUCGGGCACCCACAGCUGCAGGGGGCAGCUUCUUAGUCAAAGACUUGGAGGGGGAAAGAGAAGAGAGAAUUCUUUUGGGAAAAAAAGUACAAGUUUCGAGUCUUUGAGAAGCCAGAUCUUGUAGAAGGACUCUGUACAUUUCGGAUUUGGUCCCUGCCAGCGUCUGUCUUACGGGGAGCUAUUCUUGUCUGCACUGCUCGUUUGAAGAUUGAAAGUACUUCACUACUGGUUCUGAGGGAGUUCCUUCACUGAAAUGAAGCCACUGCAAGGACUCUUUCUACUUUUAAUGAUUGUUGCUUGUUCGCCCAAGCAAAUCCAAGACGCCGGAGUGGAUGGUGUCUUUGAUCUGUUCGACAUCACUGGCCUGACUCGCAAAAAUGUAGGGGUGCAUAUGGUAAAGGGGCCGGAGGCGAGCAGCCCGGCUUACAGGAUCCUGAACCCUGACCUCAUUGCCCCGGCUUCAGAGAACAGCUUCAGUGAGCUGAUCGACCACAUUCAGCAGGAGAAGGGCUUCAUCUUCCUCGCCACCCUGCGCCAGAUGAAGAAAAGCCGGGGCACCUUGGUGGCCAUCGACACGCUGCAGGGGACACGCAUCUUCGAGAUCCUGUCCAACGGCAAGGCGAACACUCUCGACCUGACCAUCACCAUCGAGGGCAAACAGAGCAUGGUGUCCAUCACCGAUGCCCACCUGGCCAAUGCCCGCUGGAAAAACCUCACCCUGUUCGUGCAGGAGGACGUGGCCACGCUCUAUGUGGGCUGUGAGAAGGUCAAUGGCGUGGAGCUAGAGGCGGCCAUUCACAAAGUGCUGAAGCCUGGUGACUACAGCCUGAGGCUAGCCAAAGGCGGACCGGGUCUCCGGAACAACUUCCAGGGAGUACUGCAGAACGUGCGCUUUGUUUUUGGGACCAACUUGGAAACCAUUCUGAUGAACAAGGGCUGCUACAACACUGCUCCAGGAAUUCUUCCUUUACCAAUCAGGGGCUCUGAAAGCCCAGCCAUCAGGACCAAUUUUUACGGUCACAAACCCAAAGAUCUUCAGACAGUCUGCGGCAUCUCCUGCGAGGAACUGUCCAACAUGUUCUCUGAACUGCAAGCUCUCAGGACAAUGGUCACCCAGCUGGUUAAUAAUGUCCAAAAAGUGACUGCAGAAAAUGAAUUAAUUGCCAAAAGGAUUGGAAUCAAACAGAUAGGAGGAUGUUUUCACAAUGGCAUGACCUACAAAGACAAAGAUCAAUGGAAAGUGGACAACUGCACAGACUGCACUUGUCAGUCAUCAGUCACCUUCUGCCAGAGGAUUUCCUGCCCUACUGUGUCAUGUGCUGAUGCUGUAGUCCCAGAUGGGGAGUGCUGUGCCCGCUGUCCAUCAAUUCCAAAUGAAUCUGAGGCUGGCUGGUCUCCCUGGUCUGAAUGGACACAUUGUUCUGUCACCUGUGGAAUUGGAACCCAGCAGCGAGGCCGCUCCUGCGAUCGGAUUAAUAGUGACUGUCAUGGGACCUCUGUUCAGACUCGAAGCUGUCAUUUAGAAGAAUGUGACAAGAGAUUCAAACAAGAUGGUGGUUGGAGUUAUUGGUCCCCUUGGUCGUCAUGCUCAGUGAGCUGUGGAGCUGGAGUGAUCACUCGCAUCCGCCUGUGUAACUCCCCAAUGCCACAAAUGGGUGGCAAAGAGUGUGAGGGACCGAAGCGGGAAACUGAGAAGUGUGAACAAGUCCCAUGCCCAAUUGAUGGGAACUGGGGUGUUUGGUCACCAUGGAACUCUUGUUCCGUCACCUGUGGAGGAGGAAUUCAGAAACGCACACGUCUUUGUGACAGUCCAGCACCGGAAUAUGAAGGCAAAAAUUGUGUGGGAGAAUCCCGGGAGACUCAGCUAUGCAACAAACUGGAGUGCCCAAUUGAUGGAUGUUUAUCAAAUCCAUGCUUUGCUCAAAGCAAGUGUACGAGCUUUCCAGAUGGCUCCUGGACGUGUGGUCCCUGCCCUCAUGGUUACAGAGGAGAUGGUAUUCAUUGCGAGGACAUCAAUGAGUGCUCAGAAGUGCCUGAUACCUGUUUUCAAGUCAAUGGGGAGCAAAGGUGUGAAAACACUGAACCAGGUUACAAUUGUCUGCCCUGCCCACUGCGAUACACUGGCAAUCAACCGUUUGGCAGAGGCAUUGAGGAGGCUACAAAGAAUAAGCAGGUCUGUGAGCCACGUAACCCCUGCAAAGAUGGCACACACAAUUGCAACAAGCAUGCCAGAUGCAUUUACCUUGGUAUCUUCAGUGACCAGAUGUUCCGUUGUGAAUGCAGGCCUGGUUUUGCUGGCAAUGGCAUCAUCUGUGGAGAGGAUACUGACUUGGACGGUUGGCCAAAUAAAGAUCUCACCUGUGUGAUCAAUGCUACUUACCACUGUAAAAAGGACAAUUGUCCAUCACUCCCCAAUUCUGGACAAGAAGAUCACGAUAAGGAUGGAGUUGGUGAUGCCUGUGAUAAUGAUGAUGAUAAUGAUGGCAUUCCAGAUGAGAGGGACAAUUGCGCAUUCCUGUUUAAUCCUCGUCAAUAUGACUAUGAUCGGGAUGAUGUUGGAGAUCGCUGUGACAACUGCCCCUACGACCAUAACCCUGACCAGACAGACACUGAUGCAAAUGGAGAGGGAGAUGCCUGUGCCAUUGAUAUUGAUGGAGAUGGCAUUCUGAAUGAGAAGGACAACUGCCCACAUGUGUACAAUGUUGACCAGAGGGAUACAGAUUUAGAUGGUGUUGGUGAUCAGUGUGAUAAUUGUCCGUUAGAACACAAUCCAGAACAAACUGACUCAGACUCUGACCUUGUAGGAGAUAAAUGUGAUAAUAACCAGGAUAUUGAUGAAGAUGGUCACCAGAAUAACCUGGAUAACUGCCCCUACAUCCCCAAUGCUAACCAGGCAGAUCACGACAAGGAUGGAAAGGGUGAUGCCUGUGAUCAUGAUGAUGAUAAUGAUGGUAUUCCCGAUGAGAAGGACAAUUGUAGGUUGAAAGCCAAUCCUAACCAAACUGAUUCUGAUGGUGAUGGCCGAGGUGAUGCUUGCAAGGAUGAUUUUGAUGGAGACAGUAUUCUGGACAUCUAUGAUGUUUGUCCUGAAAACUUUGAAAUCACUGAGACUGACUUCCGCAAAUUCCAAAUGGUACCACUGGAUCCCAAGGGAACAUCCCAAAUUGACCCCAACUGGGUAGUCAGACAUAAAGGCAAAGAGUUGGUACAGACUGUUAAUUGUGAUCCUGGCAUUGCUGUAGGAUAUGAUGAAUUCAAUGCUGUGGACUUUAGUGGUACUUUCUUCAUAAAUACUGAACGAGAUGAUGACUAUGCUGGAUUUGUAUUUGGAUACCAGUCCAGCAGUCGCUUCUAUGUGGUAAUGUGGAAGCAGAUCACACAGACCUAUUGGCUUGAUACACCAACCAGAGCACAGGGCUAUGCUGGACUCUCUAUCAAAGUGGUGAACUCUACAACUGGGCCAGGAGAGCACUUGCGUAAUGCACUCUGGCACACUGGCAAUACAGAAGGACAGGUUCAAACAUUGUGGCAUGAUCCACGUAACAUUGGUUGGAAGGACAGGGCUGCUUACAGAUGGCAGUUAACCCACAGACCCAAGACUGGAUUCAUCAGAGUCGUAAUGUAUGAAGGGAGAAAGAUCAUGGCUGACUCUGGGGCCAUCUAUGACAAGACUUAUGCUGGUGGACGAUUGGGUCUCUUCGUCUUCUCUCAAGAAAUGGUUUACUUUUCUGAUCUCCGAUACGAGUGUAGAGAUUCAUAAUGUCAGCAUUUUUGGAAGGGGAAAUGUUUUAAACGUUGGUGUUGCACCUUUCUCUUUUCUUGGAACAAUUCCUGGGACCAUUGUUUUCUUCUUCACUUUCAUUUGUGGAAUCAAAAGCACACGACCAGCAUUGGCUGAUAGAACUCACUGGAUGUUAUCAACAUAAAGUUCAGCAACAAGUCUGCAAAGGAACUGUUCCCUUGAUCACAACUGACUAUAGUAACUUGCCUUUGCUUCUGACAAAUGCAAAUCGCGAUCACAUUUUUCAAAAAAAAUACCUCUGUUACGUCUGGAAAGAGCUUUACUUGGUAAGUCGUUAGGCAUUCCAGCCCUACGAUUUUGCAUAGCUGGAGUUUCCAUGGAAGGAGAUUGCACACUGUUAAUGAGACUAUUUCUGCUGUGGACUGUUAUUUAAGUUUAAAAAAAACAAGUGGGCCGGUAUAUGGUGGAAAAAAUAACUGAGGCUUAAAUGAAUGGCAUAAAAAAAUUUCCAAAAGGUUGGGGCGAAGAACAAUAGGAUCUAUCUUGUUUGUGAAAAAUAUCUGGAAGAAACCAUGGAGGAACUUGUUACUUGUUUUGUACUGGACCUUAUGUGAUUAUUUGUCAAUAAAUUAAUAUUACUCAAGUAAAAAUGCAAAUGCUAGCAGUAAGAGCUAGUUGGUUCCAUGCGAAGUGUAAAUGUCCAAUCUAGCACCCCUCCCAAAACUCCCAAACCAAGUCAACCCUCUAGAUGCAUGCUGACCUAAUUAAACCAGAGGUCGAAACAUGUAUUGUCAGGUCCUGGUGCCAAGAAGAAAAGUGGAAGAUCACACAUAUCCAUGGUUCCCAUAGGAUGGCACUGCCAUCAGCUAGCGCUUUUCUUCCAAGUGAAACCAGUCUGAUGGUAACAAGUAAGUUUAGAAGAGCAGUUAGAGAGUACCUCUUCAGCACCUAUGCUGGCCUCCUAGAAAGCUCAUUUGCUUUCAAUGCCAUGGUUGAAAAGGCAAAAGCAGACUGUCAAAGAGACUGCUCUUCUCUUUAACUAGUGUUUGCCAAAGUGGCAACUUGUUCUGCCUGUAGAUAUAAAAAUAAGUACAAUUUUUAAUGUCGUCGAUUUAUUUAUUUUCUUAUCCUGGAUGAAAUACAAUUAAAGGACACUUUAAAAAGAAAAAAGGCGGCAGACUAUCCAUGAGAGUUUAUCACUAGUCCUUGUGUGCAUUGUAAGAUUGUAAAUACAAUUAUUAUUUAUUAACAUUGUUCUAUAUUGAUGCUAGCUAGUUUAGGGUAUUUUCAUUUGUUUGAAAGUUGUUGCUUGAAAAGGGCAGCCCAUAGUGAAGCUGAAAAUGGGAGACUCUGAGUCUGUAAUCAGUGUAUUUCUUGUAUACCAGAGGGCUUUAGAAUGCAGUUCUCUUCACUCUGCUUAAGAACAGAGUAGCCCUUAGAGCCUAGAAGCUGUUUUUUUUUCUACUUCAACCACUUGUGCCUUGGUACUUGUGGAUCUAUAUCUUUUCCAAAAGUGAAAAAGGUGAAACUUCUUUAUGUACAAAUAUUACCUCAUUGUUGUAUGAUCGAUACAAACCUUUGGAUCAAGCAGCAGAAAACCUUGCUCACGUGUCUAAAGUCUCUCAAAGCUACUGUAGUAUAAAAAGGCUGUGUACAUAAUCAAAAAUUUAUUUUUGCAGAAGGAAAAUGUAUUGCCCCAGUAAGGAAACAGCUUUGAAAAACAACAGAUUUUCUCAUGCUGCCAGGUGUGUUCUUUCCUCCCCAAGCUCUUUGUAUGUCAUUGCUCUUUUUUUAAAAAAAAGGUUUGUAUAAAUUAUUGAAUAUCUCAGUUGCAACUUGUAACAUUAAGCAGGUUAAAAAAACUCAUUAUUUUGUAGAUAAGCUAUUUAAGUAAUUUAUCAGGCAAUGUUACCUAGAGUUAGCAUUUCUGUCUGUACGAAACCUUUUGCACACUGAGUUGAGAUGUUGCUUUUUUUUACAUUGUUUAUCAUUAGCAGUUGCUUCUUUUGUACACCCUCUAACCAUUUUACAUUUAAAGCUGUUCAAAUCAUACAGUGCUGUUUGUUACAAACAUGAAAUGACAAUAAAACAUAUAGAAAUCUAAA